AUGAGUAGUGCUGGCAAAACCUCGCCCGACAAGGGCAAAUAUAAAAUUUCUCGACGAGGGAAAAAGCUUAUGUUGGCAGACGACCAAAGAACAUUAAUGGCUUUGCCCAAAGAUGUUCCAGAAAGGACAUGGGCAGAAAUACUCCAAAAGGAAGAAGACGAUUUGAUGAUACUCGAUAUUCGGGAAGAGAUAAUCGAAGAAGCUAUGAAGAUCUGCUAUGAGAAAUAUAUGGAGCGGCAAAACGCCUUGUUUACAGCACACUGUGCUGCUAAAGCGUGGCUCAAGUUGAUUGACUGGUACUUCUACCGCCACGACCCGGGAGAGGAGCCGAGCGCGUAUCCCCCCUGCUACAUCCCCAAGCGACGAGAGUCGUGGACCCCGGACACUCCACCAGACCCUUGCCCCAAGGACACUUGGUGCCAGCAUGACCUGAUGGUGCUAGAAGAUACACAAGAGGAGGGCAUUAAGAAGUGGCCCAGCAGCUCUUCUAUAGAUUAUCCAAUAGUUGAUGAUAUACCGUCUGAUUGCUGCUUUCCAGGUAAAGUCAAUCUACCAUUCGAAAGUGAGACGGAUAAAUAUAAAACUCUCAGUUAUGUAAGCAUGAAGUCAUUAAUUAAUAACAGCGUAACAAGCGAACCGAAUAUUUGUGCAGAGAGCGAAAUAUUGCAGAAGAUCACCGACUACAGCACUGAGGAAAUAUCGCAUAAGGAGUCAACAUACAGUGCGUUAAAAACAACCACACCCGUGGAUGGAUCGUUGCAUGGCGCUGGCGAUUCGAUCGUGGACCGUCUGCGACCCAAGCGGAAACUCACUGAGAAGAGCAAACUGUUUAGCAGACCUAGCAUGAUUGGAAGAUCAAAAGCCACUCUUCCACCCCUGGAUGGAGAUUCCCGUUCCCGAAUCAGUAUUAUUUCCGACUGUCGUUUGAGGAACUUACGGUUGGACACGCAAUACGAAAUAACAUCAGAGAAGAUUGACACGCCCCCGGGGGAAACCGUGAAACGGAAGUAGUAUGCUAUGAUAUGAUUGUAAUAAAAUAUUGGGAUUUUUUUAACGUUUUUUUUGUAGUCUUUUCCAGGAAAUUGUGUUUGAGAAGGUAGAUAUAUUAAAAAGUAUUGUUUUUCCUAGAAUUCUGUAAUGUAUGUGUAAUAAUUAUUACGAUAUUUUUUUAUGUUGUUAUCGAUUGUGUCUCAAUUUUGUUUAUUUUUA